ACACACGCAACAUGGCGUGUCCUUUCUUUCGCCGUUCCGACUCCUUGACGCGUCAGCCAUCGGUCAUUGUAGAACCAGGAGCUCAUUGGAAUCUGGAGGAUGAGGAGCUGUCAUUGUCCGAUGAUGCAUUGACUCUAAAACAUCUGCAAAUGGCCAUACAGCUGCUGACAGCGCCAUCGAAUGAGGAUCUUAAUACAGCCGUUACCUCGCUGGUGGCCAAGUAUCGUCAGAGUUGGCCCAACAUACAUAAGCUUAAACUGGAUCCGAAGAUCUUCAAGAGCUGCGCCAAUUAUGAUUAUCUAGGUGAUAUACAAGAACUGCUCCUUAAAAUGGACGAGGCCAGCGCCAGUGAGAUCCUAGUGCUGUUGGGAGAGGAAUUGAUCACCUGCUGCUGUACUGGAAUUAUCGAGCGAGCAUUUCGCUGCCUGGGAACCGACUUGCAGGAGUUCCUAGGCUCCCUGGAUGGGGUCUACGAUGUGCUUAAGUUGCAGGAGGCCGAUGUGACCGAUACGGGAUUUGUAUGUGCGGGCGAUGGAGAACUGAUCUUCACAUCGGAACGCCCGGUGAUUGCAUGGCUGUUGCUUGGCUCCCUGAAAGCCCUCACUCGCAUGCUCUACAAGGUGGAUGUGAAUAUCAAAAUAGAGCCUGUCGAGGGUGAUGCGCGUCGGUAUCGUUACUUGUUCUCGCUGGUCAAGGACAGUUCCCAGACCCUACAGAUGGGUCGCCCGAUUGUGGACAUCAAACCACAUGAGACGGUGCAGCGCAGCAACUCGGCAAAUGCCUCGGAUCUCCAAAUGAACUCCUCCAGUUUCUGCAAGAUGUUUCCCUGGCAUUUUAUUAUGAAUGAGCAGUUGGAGCUGGUGCAGUUGGGUCGCGGAUUUAGCAAGCUCUAUAGGCCAUAUUUGGCGGACUUUGGCUGUCAGGCCAGCACCUACUUUGACUUCAAGCGUCCCAAGGGAUUGACCAUGAAGUUUCGAGAUAUUGUGCGACGCACUUACACCCCCUUUUUGAUUGGGCUCAACUGCCCACCCGGAGUAUCGGAUUUCCCUGCCAUGGGACUGGAGAUUAAAGGACAGAUGGUGCAUUGCCCGGAGUCCAAUUCGCUGCUGUUCAUCGGUUCGCCCUUUUUGGAUGGCUUAGAUGGUCUGACCUGUAAUGGACUCUUUAUCUCUGACAUUCCGUUGCACGAUGCGACGCGUGAGGUGAUCUUGGUGGGAGAACAGGCUCGUGCUCAAGACGGAUUACGUCGUCGCAUGGAUAAGCUGAAGAGCAGCAUUGAGGAGGCCAACUCGGCGGUGACCAAGGAACGAAAGAAGAACGUCAGCCUCUUACAUUUGAUCUUUCCGGCUGAGAUAGCCGAGAAAUUGUGGCUAGGCUCCUCAAUUGAUGCCAAGACCUAUCCUGAUGUGACCAUACUCUUCAGCGAUAUUGUCGGCUUCACGAGUAUUUGCUCCCGAGCAACACCUUUUAUGGUCAUCAGUAUGCUGGAGGGCCUAUACAAAGACUUUGAUGAGUUCUGUGACUUUUUUGACGUGUACAAGGUGGAGACCAUUGGGGACGCAUAUUGCGUAGCGAGUGGCUUGCAUCGUGCCUCCAUCUACGAUGCCCACAAGGUCGCUUGGAUGGCUCUUAAGAUGAUAAGUGCUUGCUCCAAGCACAUUACACAUGAUGGAGAGCAAAUCAAAAUGCGAAUCGGACUGCAUACUGGCACAGUCCUCGCUGGCGUCGUGGGUCGGAAAAUGCCCAGGUAUUGUCUCUUUGGCCACAACGUGACCAUUGCCAACAAGUUUGAGUCCAGCAGCGAGGCUUUGAAGAUCAAUGUCAGCCCCACAACCAAAAAUUGGCUAACAAAGCAUGAGAGAUUCGCCUUUGACCUUCAACCACGCGAUCCCUCCUUCCUACCAAAGGAGUUUCCCAAUUCAGAUAGUAAUGGCACCUGCUAUUUCCUGGAAGGAUUUCGCAACCCGGCAUUGGACAGCAGCUUGCCGCUGGACGAGCACAUUAAUGCAGCUAUGAAAACCAUAUCCGACGGCGGCGAUGCUUAAGUCUCCUUAAGAAUCAGUUGCUCAGUUACCAAUUAUUCAUAGUUCAAUGCACAUGUAGUCUAAUUCUGUGGCCCUCUUGCAUAGUCUUCAAUAAAUAAAUUUAUCGUCAAAGUGUUGCGUUCUAGCACAAAGCCAAA